AUGCACUUGAUGCCACUGGAUGGAGGACAAGCGUGGAACAACGGGAAAGGAGGUGCCCAGGACCAGAACCCCCUCACGCGGGAGGUGGGUCGAGGGGACCCACGUGACACUAACCCGGCUGGAGACACCAAGACCCUCAGGUGCCAGCGCCCGACCUCAAGGCUGGAGGCCCCGCGGGCUCAGGGCGGCAGGGCGGGCACGGCCGAGGGGACAGACAUGAAGACGAGUCCCCCCGGGAUCGGGUCCCUUUCCAGCGUCCCCGUCGCCGACAUCAGCCCCCAGCAGCCUCUCCACGGGGGCGCGACCCCCAGGGAGGAGAGGACCGUGUCCUGCCGUCUCCGCCGGCCUCGGGCCGCCGCCCCUCCGCCCCCCGUGCCCGUGCCGGGCCUCAUCACCCCCGCUCUCCCCCAGGGCAACGGCCGCCUGCCUGCCCGGGCCCUGCCCCUGCCGGGGCUGCUCCUCACGGACCCUCCGCGGAGGCCGCUCUCCUCAGGCCGCCCGCGGCGACCUCGCCGGCCUCUCGGCGACCCUGUCCCUUCCGGGCCGCUCCUCCCGCCCGCUGGGGUCUCCGCGAGUGCAGACAUGGGGCUCCUGCCCUCGGAGCUGCUGCUGCUGCUGCUGCCCCUGCUGCCGGGGGGAUCCCCCCAGGAGAGCUCAGGGUUCGAGGUCCAAAUGCAGAGGAACGUGAGGACGCAGGAGGGGCUGUGCAUCUUCCUGCCCUGCUCCUUCCGGCACUCGUGGCAGCGGGCGAGCCCCGCGGAGACAACCUACAUGCACUGGUUCCGAGCUGGGGACAGUGAAUGGGAUGCCCCUGUGGCCACCAACCACCGAACCAGAGCAGUGAGGGCGGAGACCAGGGGCCGGUUCCUCCUCCCCGGGGACCCCGGCGCCAACAACUGCUCCCUGAGCAUCAGACACGCCAGGAGGACAGACGCGGGCGCCUACUACCUGCGCGUGUUCAGAGCAGGGAACCCAUACAGCUACAAGAACAGCAAGCUGCACCUGGAAGUGACAGCACUGACAGAGGAACCCGACAUCCACUUUGGGGAACCCCUGCGCGCGGGGCGCCCCGUGAAGCUGGCCUGCCACCUGCCGGGACUCUGCGAGGGGCACAGUCUCAGCUUCUCCUGGGCGGGGGAGGCUCUCGCCUCGAUGGACCCCAACAAACUCCGGUCCCCAGAGCUCACCCUCACCCAGCCCCAGGACCACGGCUCCCUCCUCACCUGCCGGGUGGCGCUGCCUGGGCCGGGAGCCGGCACAGAGAGGACCGUCCGGCUCGACGUGGCCUACGCCCCGCAGACGGUCACCGUCAGCAUCGCCCACGGCAACGGCUCAGCCUUUAGGAUCCUGGAAAACGCCUCCUCCAUUCCCAUCCCGAAGUGCCAGUCCCUGCGCCUGGUCUGUGAGGCCCCCAGCAACCCCCCUGCUAGCCUGAGCUGGUUCCGGGGGUCCCCGUGUCUGAACACCACCCGCAUCUCCAAUUCUACAACCCUGGAGCUUCCUCCCACAGGGACCCCAGAAGAAGGGGAGCUCACCUGCCUGGCCCAGCACCCCCUGGGCUCCCAGCACGUCUCCCUGAGCCUGCGUGUGCAAUACCCCCCGCAGCUGCUGGACCCCUCCUGCUCCCUGGAGGAUGAGGGUCUGCUCUGCCGCUGCUCCGCCCGAGCCUGGCCGGCCCCCUCCCUGCGCUGGCGGCUGGGGGAGCGGCUGCUGGAGGGGAACAGCAGCAACACCUCCGUGGAGGUCACCUUCAGCCCCUCGGGGCUCUGGGCCAACAGCUCCCUGCGCCUCAGCGGGGGGCUCAGCUCUGACCUCACACUCAGCUGCGAGGCCAGGAAUGAUCAAGGGACCUCGAGGGCCGUCCUCCUGCUGCUGCCAGGGAAGCCGGAGGCCCCCUGGGCGGCGCUGGUCCAGGGAGCGCUGGGCGGCGCCGGGGCCAUGGCGGUGCUGUCGCUGGGCCUGUGCCUCCUCGUCUACGGCAUAGCCAAGGCCCGCAAGGACCGAGGGAGGCUGGCGGCCCGGGACGACGAGGAGCCCGUCAUGGGCACUGUGGCCUGGAGUUCCGGGCAAAUGUCCUUGCGAGACAGCCUCUCCGGGCCUGCUCAAGACAGCCUCUCCGGGCCUGCUCAAGACAGCCUCUCCGGGCCUGCUCAAGACAGCCUCUCCGGGCCUGCUCAAGACAGCCUCUCCGGGCCUGCGCCCGCCGCCGAGGAGCCCCAGGAGAUCCACUACGCCUCCCUCAGCUUCCACAGGGCAAAGGCGCAGGAGCCCCAGGGCCCAGAGGCCUCGGCGACCACCGAGUACUCAGAGAUCAGGACCAAGCCCCAAAGCCCCAAGCCCGUCCCGGCCACAGGCAUCCCGGAGUCUCUGGGCAGCAAGAACUCGGGGUGA